AUGGCAGAAGUCAACGGCGACACAGCCCAAACGAAUGGCAACCACUCCUCGCCAUCCCAACCCACCGCAACCCAAACCUCCACACAACCGCAAGCCUCCCAACCCGCCGCACCCACACCACCCGCUCUACCCACCAUCCCCCUAACCUCCUUCCAAGACAACGGGCUGGGCAAACGCCCCCGCGACGCCCGCCUCAUCCACAUGCUCCUCUCCUCCAUGGGCGUAACCGCCUACCAAGAACGCGUGCCCCUGCAACUCCUCGACUUCGCGUACCGCCACACAUCAGGCAUUCUCUCCGACGCUCUACACUUCUCCUCGGACGCCUACGUGUCGCAACAGACGCGGGCCCGCGAUGCGCCGCCGGGGGGAGGCCUCAAGGAUGCAGAUGGACAGGUGAGCGCGAAUGCCGUGCAGCUUGCGGUGGGGAAUCGGUUGCAGUAUCAGUUUGGGGGCGGGAAUGGCGGGGGCGGAUUGAGUAAAGAGUUUUUGUUGGAGACGGCGAGGGCGAGGAAUAAGAUUGCGUUGCCGAGGGUCUUGCAGAAUGAGUGGGGGGUUAGGUUGCCGAGUGAGAGGUUUGUGCUGUCGGGUGUGCCGUGGGGGUUAAAGGGGGAGUGGGUUGAGGCAGCCGAUGAUGACGAGGAAGAGGUUGGCGAUUUGAUGGAAGGGAUUCAGAAUACGGUGGAAGAAGGUGUGGAGGGUGGGGAAGAGGGUGAGGGGACAAUGGAGGACCUGUUUGGUGGUGAUGGGGAUCAAGAUAUGGAUAAGGAAGAAUGA